AUGAGCAAUCAUAAACCUAAAGGUGAAAAAAGAAAAUCUCAUGAGAAUUUAAGUGAUAUAUCAAUUGAUCAUGGUUUCGUUGCACCAUAUGAAAUAUGUGCCAAUUCUUUGAAUCUUUUUCAAUUUUUAAUAUCAGGAUAUUUAUUCGAUCAUCGAUCAUUUACAAGUUUAUAUAAUCAAAGUUUAAAAAAUGAAUGGAAAGAAAUAUUUAUCAACGAAAGAGAAAGAUUAAAAAGAAUAAAACCGAAUGAAAAUUCAGUAAUAAAAUGUUUUCUUUUAAAUCGAUUACUUCAUCAAUAUGAACAGAAUCCACAUGGUUUUGUUCAACAAACAAAAUGUUUACAUGAUGAAAUUAAAUUACGCAUGCGCUCUCAUUUUCCCAAAUGGGAAUCCGAAGAUCUAUUUCGUGAAGUUCGAUAUUGGCAAGAUAUACAAAAUCGACGACAUUUAUUUCAUUUUAAUUAUAAAGAAGAAGAGCAUAUGCCAAAUUUGCCUACUCUUUUGAUGUUACAAAAAGCUAUGACUAACUGGUGUCAAUUUUUGAUUCGUCAUUGCCAAACAAAUGUGUCUUUUUUAAAUAAUGGAGGAAAUCAUUUGUUUAUUAAACUCAUUGAGCAUUCAUUCAUUAUUGUUGUUCAACCAACUGGCCCAGAUGGUGUUCCAGUUACACAUUAUAAGACGGAUAAGUUUGGUCAAUCUGCAAAAUUAAACGCACGAAUCGUCUGUUUACUAGAUUCUGAUGUUCUUCAAAAUUCUGUACGACUAUCAAACAUUGAUGUGACGCUUUGUUCAUUGAAUCAAGAUGUUAACGAUAAAGGAUUGAAACAAACACCUAUUGUAUGGCAAACGCAACAUAUUACGAGUGCUGAAGGUGAAUCAGUAUCAAUCUUUUAUACUGAUGUCCAAAAUCUUACAGUUAAAAAAACGUAUUCAAGACGUUGUAGUGGAUUGCUUUAUUCAAAUCUUUGUCAAUUAAAAUUUCGAAUAAAAGUUAAAAUAAUAUUUCAUCUUUCUGACGGAACAAAUUCUAUGUUCGAACAUGAUAUCGAAUUAUUAUCACAACCAUUUGGAAUUUCCUCUCAUUCACAACAUUCUCCAAAUAUUGUUGCAAAAAUUUUCCUUUAUGAAAUCGAACAAAUUUUAGAAAAGGAACGAAAAGUGAUUAACCCAGACAUUCUUACUGAAUAUACUCACCGAUAUCAUACACGUAUGUUGGGUGUAAAAACAAAAGAGCAUACAAUUCAAUUCAUUCAUGAAGUCUUUUCAAAAGCAUUUAAUGAUAUCGAAAAUCGUAUGACAACCAUGAAUUUAAAAUCUCUGAUUGAAAAAAGAUUGACUCAAUUUAUAAGUCAAAUAAAAGUUUUUGUUGAUUAUCCAAUUUUGACAAUAAUGUAUGAUGACAGUCUUUUUCUUGGUAUAUGCAAUAAAACUAAAGUAGAUAAAAGUCUAUUGGGAACUCUAGAAGAACCACAAAUGUUGUUACGUUUUAAUGAUCUCUGGAAUCAUCAAUAUAAUGAAAGUCCUGAAGUUCGAUGUAUUAUUCAUAAUGGUAAACUUACAAAAGCAUCAAUUAGUAGAAAAGCAUUUAUUGAUGAAAUGUGCAUAUUCAUUUAUGAGUCGACAAUAGAAGCAGUAAAACAAACCGUAAUUUUUUCUUAUUCAGGUGGACAUGUUUUUUGUGAUUUUCAAUGUUAUUAUAAUGAAGCAAUAUUUGUAUUAAGCAAAAUGAAACCUCCAGGCACAAAUGAUUACCAACCAUUGAUUCCUAUUCUUUGGAAAACGAUGCCUCAACAUAAUACAGAGGAAAUUUUCCAAUCACAGCCAAAUAGCUUAUCAACUGACCUUCUCUAUCCUUCGAAUUCAAAUUUGACUAACGAUCGGUUGUUAAUCGCAUGCACAGCCAAUCAACAAGACUUGCAAAAUAAUGCUACUAUUUUGAAUUUUAAAGUAACAAUACCGGUUGCAGCGAAUAUAAAUCCUGAUCCAAUUGUUCACUAUUUGGAAGAAAAAUUUCGAGAAUUACUUGAAGUUCAAAAUAAAAAUUUCUCUGAAACUCAGUCUAUUCAGUCUCUGCAAGCAAUCACACCUUCAUUUCAUAUAAUCGAUACAGACAUGGAUCAAGAUAUGCACUUGUCGGUUAAUGAGUUUGAUAAUGAUCAAAAUAGAGAACUUCAGACUCCGAUAUUGCAAACGGAUUCGCUAUUUGAUUUACUCAAUGAUGACUCUCUACCAUCUUGA